CCCGCCACGACCCCACGCGCGGCCCAACCGGCAGCAUCCUGCGCUACCUAUACUACCCCUCCCUGACCUCCCCGGCCACAAGCAGCUACAACCACCAACUCGACGUGCGCGCCGGCGCCCACUCCGACUACGGGAGCAUCACCCUCCUCUUCCAACGUCCGGGCCAACCGGGGCUGGAGAUCCUGACCCCGGAGAAAACCUGGGCGCCGGUGCCGGUCCUCCCCAACAGUGCCAGCAGCAGCACCACCACCACCGGCGAAGACAAAGAAUUCAUCUUCCCCCCCAUCCUCAUCAACAUCGGCGACCUCCUCAGCUACUGGACCGACGGACUGCUCAAAUCCACCGUCCACAGGGUGGUCUUCCCGGUCGCGGAGCAACAAGCCCCCCAACCGCGGGAUCGGUAUAGUGUCGUGUUCUUCUGUCAUCCGUUGGAUCGGACGGAGUUGGUGCCCGUGCCGAGUGAGACGGUGAGGCGGUAUCGUGAGGGCAAGAAGGAGGGCACCGCCGACGAGAUGAUCGGGUUUGGGGGUGGUGCGGGGGCGUUGGAGCCCGGGAAGAGGGCGGUGACGGCGCAUGAGCAUUUGAUGGCGCGGUUGGGGGCGACGUAUCAGUUUGAGGGGGGGAAGGAGUAGGUUCGUCUGGAUGGGUUGAUGGGAACGGGAGAUUGAAGGGGAAGGGGGACUGGAGAAGGGUGGGUUGGGAACGUGAUACAGACAUCAAGGAUGUAGCUCAGGUUUAUCAAAGUGUUUGUGGACCAGACUCAUUCAUAGGCAAAAGAUGCUGGAUUACUAUCUUAAAUGGUUGAUCUCCUCUUGUGUGCGAAGUCACAGCAGAACCAGGCCAGACCAACAAGAAAUCAAACAGUCACAAGGAAAUCCUUAGCCGAAUCGAAUAGCUAGGAGUUUUAAGGCCAAUCGCCAGACACAAAGAGUGGAUCGUAUGCACAGAAAUUCCUCGAGUUUCCUUUUCCAAAGGAAACCAUACUCAAGGAAAUGCCAUGAGAGAUAGAACUAUCACUGCUCGGGGUGGGACCCACAAAACCACCACAACAAAAUUCCAAGGCUGCAUCGAUGGUCACCACUCCCAAAGUCCUAAACCAGGACCAUC